GUCAUAGCCACAAAUCAACCCGGUUAAAUUGCAUUUUCAGUGCAGUCAUUGUUUCCUAAUUGUUAGUUUAUCGAAAAAUUGCUAAUAUAGAUUUUAGUUCAGAAAUUUCAACAUAUUAUUGCUAAAACCGGAGAAAAUAAUAUUAUUUUAUAAUGGAGGCUGUGCCACGUCUCCAUAUGCUAUGGUUUGUUCUUAAAACCAGUCCAACUGGCACUUCCUUCGCCAAUUUAAAAAAGUACAUUGCCGAAUUUUACCAAGAAGACCCUGAAGCAUACUCCAAAGAAGUUUUCACUUUGGAAACGCUUAGAAACCAAGCUUUACAUCCCGGUAAAGAUAAAUGUACGAUCCUAAAGCGUUACUAUUGUCAACUACACUCAUUACAAAACCGAUUCCCCCAAUUGGCUGAGCGUAGCUUGUUCACCUUCACUUGGAAAGAUCUGUACCAAAGCAAUGUAAACGAAUUUACACAAUUGCGCUACGAGAUGGCCGCUGUUCUUUUCAAUAUCGCAGCUUCUCAUACACAAAUGGGUGCAUCAGUGACUCGCGGGGACGUGGAUGGUAUGAAAUUGGCUUGUACACAUUUUCAAUGUGCGGCUUGGGCUUUUGGCGAGUUGCGUGAGCAUUAUAGUAAUGUUAACGGCGGUGGCGAUUUCAUGGCAAAUGAAUUGCUGGUUUUCAUGCAACAAGUGUCAUUUGCUCAGGCGCAAGAGUGUAUUUUAGAAAAAUCAUUGAUAGACAAUCGGAAGCCCAAUAUUGUGGCAAAGGUUACAGCACAAAUAGUAGUUUACUAUGGCGCCGCACUAACCGCCCUACUAACAGGUGGUGAUGAUGGACAAGUAGCACAAGUUGUUGACAGUUCUGUGUUUAAGCUUUGGAAGAAAUAUGUGCGCUUUAAAAUAUCCUACCUAAACUGCAUAUUAUAUUUGUAUCAAGGACAACAGGCAGAAGAGCAGCAGAAAAUGGGAGAAAGAGUAACACUUUAUCAGGCUGCUGCGGAUAAGUUGGAAGAAGCUCGUAAAGAGUCUAAAGGUUUACCCGAUCAAAAGGAAAUUAACGAAUCGCUUAUAUUCACCGCUGAUGUUGUAGAAGGAAAACGAAAAAAUGCUAAGAACGAAAAUGAGUUUAUUUAUCACGAAGCAGUGCCGGAAUUGUCUUCUAUACCUACAAUACAAGGAGCAAAUUUAGUAAACGGCACAAGUUUUAGUGUCACCGACCCAGAGGUAGCUGGAGAAGAUAUCUUUGCACGCCUUGUACCAAUGAAGGCACACGUAGCUAGUUCGUUAUAUAGUGAAGAAAAAGCAAAGUUAUUGCGUAAAUUUGGCUCUAGCAUAGAGGAGAAAGAUGCUGAACUGGCAAGUUUCAUGAGUUCCCUCAACUUGGAUAAUCUUAAUAUUAAUGAAGAAAGAGCCAACAAAAUUCCACAAGGAAUUGUCGACCGAUGUGCAGAGUUAAAUGCAAACAAAACAGCAAUAGCGGAUCUAAUUUCCGCCAUGUCCCAAUUAGCUGAGAUAUGUACCGAUGUUGAAUCAAAUUUGAAAGAGAUAGCCACCAUUCUCGCCGAAGAAGAUAAUCAAGAAAGUGAAUUUCAAAAGCUUAUUGGCGUGCAAAGAACACCCAAUCCACACAUAACCGAGUUGACGCGUGAAUUUCAAAAAUAUACCGAAGCACAUUCGCGCGCUGGUGAGUCUAAUGACACACUAAGGAAUGCAAUGGAGCUACAUGUGAAUAAUUUAAAAAUACUAUCGCGUCCUCUAAACGAGAUACAGCAAUCUGUGCCGAAAUUAAGUGCAGAACUUAACACAACGGAAGUUUUUAAAGAUGUUAAAUUAAUUUUAAACAAAGCUAAUGAAAUGAAAGCACAACGUGCACAAUUUCAUGCUGAUUUACGCAUCGCAGUGAAUGAGGAUGAUAUCACAGCUAAAGUAAUUGCACAUGGCAGCGAUGAGGGUCUUCAACUACUCUUUGACCGUGAGUUAGCUAAACAUGAACGUCUAACGCAGCUUUUGGAUCAAAACAUGCUUGCUCAAGAGAAUAUUUUACAAGCGCUGACAGAAGCUUAUGCCAAAGCUGCGCCAAUACUGAAAACGCUUACUGAUGUUAAGCAUAAACGUGAAGCAUUCUUCUCAUCUUUAGCUGCCUCUUACGAUGUAUACGAAGAUUUAUUAGCCAAAUCUGCAAAGGGGUUGGAAUUUUAUAAAAAGUUGUCAGGAAAUGUUCAGAAACUGUUGACCCGGUUAAAGGCAGCACGUGAUGUGCAAUCGGAGGAACGUCAGCAACGACUGAAAAAUCAGCAUAAAACAACUAAUCCAAACGCAAAUACUGCAAAACCAGCCACAACAAUUACUUCGUCUGCUCCAACAACGUCGAUAACCCCCAAAUUACGUGAUUAUUUGAAAUCUAAAAACACCACAGCAAGUAGCAUAGCUGCAGCCGGUGUAUCCGAUGGUAUAUCAAGUAACACAGCACAUCAAACCGCUCAAUACAUUCCGCCAGUUCGUCCCAAUCCUUUAGGUUCAGAAAAUCCUACACAAGCUGUUUGUUCCUCCGGUAAUCCCUACACUACGCACGUCAUGAAUCCUACUGGAGCUGUACCAGCGGUGGCGCCUAACGAACCGCCACCACCAUAUAGCUUACAACAACAACAAUAUUAUGAUCCUAACAUCGCCGGCUAUACAAAUCCAAUGUACCAACAACAACAGCAAAACAUUGCUCCGCCAGCUUACAAAUUGCAAGCAUCUCCAAACUCUCAAUUUGCCAACGUGAAUGCAAAUGUACCAAAUUUAACGGGUAGUUACAAUAAUACCGCCGGUAUAGGACACACUCAGCAACAACAAAUCCUGUACAUCCAACAACAACAACAACAGCAGCUGAUGCAGCAAGCUGUGGGUGGCACUGUAAAUUAUGGGCAGCAGUCGUUAUCUCUAAAUCCUAUUGGAGCUUAUGGAACAAAUGCAAGUACUUUAAUGCCAACGCAGCAAAGCUUAGUAGCUGGUUCAAAUAUUCCACCGGCUACUGGACCUAACAGCAACGCAUACUCUUAUAAUACUAACGCUGAUGCGACAAAGACUUUUAUAGCACAAUCGUCGGUGCAGGGAGCUUUCGCCAGUCCGCCCCCUGGAGCCAGUGCAGCGCCACCUCAGCAAACAAAUAACUACACCAAUCAAAUGACUAAUUAUCAACAAUCGUAUUCCCAAGUGGCAGGAGCUAACUUUGGCAUACCCACCUCACAUCCCCUAUAUGUAGCAACUACCCAAUCGGAUAGUGCCAAAGCGGCCUGUGGCAUAGCACCGCUGGAGCUGCAAGCGCCGUAUGCUGUGAAUACUUUGCAGCAAUCCCCUUAUUCAGGAGCAGCCAACAGCAAUGCGCCAGCAUCUCAAAACCAGCCGAACAAUACUUUACAGCAGUUUCCACAACAACAGCAUCAGCCUCCUAAACAACAACAACCUAUUUAUCCACAUGCUAAUGGUACAGUAAACGUUGCUAAUAGUGAAACUAGCUCAAUUCUCGCGCCUGCUCAACCGGGAGUUCAGAUCACCUCUGCUACACCAAACGCUGCAACUAAUAUGCAGCCUUACUCUACGGUCACUAAACAUCCCGGAUAUAGCUACAAUCCACAAACGGGUCAAUAUGAAUACGGCAGUGGUUAUCAGCAGGCUAAUAAUAAGUAUUGUGGGAAAUAUACAUCGUCAAGCACACCACAAUCUGUCACCGUUGGUACUACUGACUCAGAAAAUGCGAACAAGAUAAAUGUUGCAACUGGUUUUGAUUCACCUGUUAUAUCCCAUACUAAACAAACUGUGGCACCGGCUGUUGCAACAGCGGCCGAUGCACCGAACACAGAUAAAUCGUCUAAUUUAAGUUACUACUCGGCCCCGUAUGGUUAUCAAAGCCAAGGCAUUGCAUCUCCUUACGUCUUACAACUGCAGCAGCAACAACAACAUCAACAACAGUCACUAGCUGCGGCACAACAACAGCAGCAGCAGCAAAAGCCGCAACAAACCAAUUACCAACAACAACAUUCCACUUAUAUACAAAGUGGUGCUGCUUCUAUAGCGCCCACACAUACAACAAAAAGUGCCUCCGAGUACUCCUUCGGUGCAACACAAGCGGCAAUGCCACCAAAGAUAGAGAGUCCCGCACCUACAAAAGAUGUAAAGGCCGGCACAGCUCCGCCACAGUCUAACGUUGAGACAAAACCCACGGUGAAACCCAUUAAGAAGUCAACCAAUAUUGAUUUGUUGACUGAUAUAGAUUUUUCCGGCUCUGGGCUAGCCGUACCACCGCCCAUAUUGCCGCAGCCAGUAUUGAAGCCAGAAAUUGUAGCGAGUCCGCCAAGUAGCCAAGUGGCCGUUGAAGUUAAGCCAAAAGAAGAGGCAACACCGCAGAAACACUCUACAACAACAUUAGCAGCGCCAAUAACUCCACCCAAUCAGGCAGAGGUGCCACCAACUCUAACUGCACCCCAUUCACCCCCGUUAGCAAAUGCAAAAACCGGAGGUUCGCCUAUUAAUUCGCCGGCUACACGAAAACCCAGUUUUGAUAAUCUUUCCAUUUGCUCAGAUUUGAGUUCGCUUGAUACGAACUUCGAUUGGGACUCGGUUUCUGUGCGUAACGAACAGCCGUCAGAUAAACAUUCCAAUUUAUCCACAAAUUCCACAACUUUCCAGUUAAAACCUUUCGAUCCAUUUAACGACGACAAUAUUUUGAAAUACUUUCACAAAGAGGUUGAGCGUUACGAGAAGAUAAUCGAGAGUCUCAAUGUAAAAAUGCUAAACGGAAAUACACAAUUGUCAGCGAAAUGGAAGGAGCUACAAGAUCUACUUGCUAAGGAGACCAAUAAACGUACAACAACAAUUGCUAAAUUGUUUCCAGAGAAGAAUCGUUCGCUAGACUGCAUUCCAUAUGAUCAUGCACGCGUAAAAUUGGAUAAAGACACGGACGACUACAUAAAUGCCACAUAUAUCAAGAAUCUUGGCACUGGCUGUCCGAACCUGAUAAUAGCACAAACCCCUCAGCAAAACACCAUCAAUGAUUUUUGGUCUAUGAUUUGGUCGCAAAAAGUGCGUACAGUCUGUUGCUUGCAUACACCAAAUGAGAUGUUGGAUCCUUACUGGCCACAGAAGUGUGAGGUUGAAAACCAUUACGAUGAUUUUACUGUGAAAUGUGUUAAAGUAACUACUUUGUCCCAUUGCGUGGAAUAUAACCUAAAAUUGUCGAUGCACGGCGCUGAUGCGAUAAUUGGUUUGUCGGUGCUGCAAAUCAAAACUUGGACCAAAAGCUUACCUUCGCAAACUAUAGGCAUUGCACGCAACGCUUUGCAGGCGCAUCAACAACGCUGCCUGGAGUUUAACACACCAACCUCGCCAUUAAUAAUGAAUUGCUUAACUGGUUCUGAACGUUCACAACUUAUUGCCAUAGCAAUUUGCGCUAUCUUAGCUUUACAAACGGUUCGACCAGUACUCAUAAAUGUCGUCGAUAUUUGGUACCGUAUAUGUAUGCAACGGCAGAAUGCUUUGCGUGAUAUGGAGACUUUGGAGCAAUCAAUGCAAAUUGUUCUCAAUCAUGCGCAUGAUGUUCUCAAUAAACGCGGCAUCAUGACCUCUUAUCAAAUGAAGAUUGCACCUCAGAUUGCUUCGAAGGAGAAGGAAGAAAUUAAGGAUCCACUAAACGAGCUCGAUCCGCUGUGGAAAAUGAAGUAGACAUAAUAGCCCACACUUCUGCUGCAUUUGCUUGAGGUCGCUUUGACUGAUUGUGGCAAUCUUUUAGGCUUUACACUUUGCCCACGCGAUUCAAUCGAUUGAAUUCAAAAGAGAAAAAAGUAAAUAAUUGCAACGCAAAGUAAAAUCAUUGUUAAAAACCAAGUUUUUUUAUUAAAACAACAAAAACAAAUUAUUUAAUUAUAAUCGAAGUAUUAAACAUCAAAUGUUACACUUCAAA